AUGGCCUUUUUCCCACGAUCCUGUUUGCGUGCGCGCACUCUCAUCACCGCGCUCUCGCUCGCCUUGCUGCUAACCUGGACCAUCUCCCAAUGGCACUACACGCUCCCCGACAGCACCGCCCUCUCGCCCUCCAGCCAGGAGCCCCCGAGCUCCACGCCCGCGCCGGACCUCACCGAAGCACACCAGGACCUCUGGCUCGAAUUCCACCAGUCUCUUGAGAAGCAUGUGCCCGGCAUCCCGCCGAUAACGGACUACCCAAGAGCACCAACGGAGCGCUUCGACGCAAAUGAGCCCGGCCCGCGUCCGGACUACCUUGACCUGGCGCCGGACGAUGUACACACCAUGCAGCGCGCACACACCGAGUUCGUCGCGUCGCUGACAAGCUCGCCGCCCCAACUCCCGUAUAUCCCCGGCACGAAAGGCAUUGUCUCAACCGCCGGCGGCGCCUACUUGCCCGUGCUCGUGAUCUCGCUGCGCAUGCUCCGGCGAACAGGCUCCACGCUCCCAAUGGAGGUCUUCCUGGCCGACGAAACCGAGUACGAAGCCUACAUCUGCGAUGUGGUGCUGCCGUCGCUGGGUGCACGGUGCAUCGUCCUCUCGCGGAUCCUCGCCGUGGCGCCGGCCCACAUCGCCAAGUACCAGUUCAAACCGUUUGCGAUGUUGUUCUCCUCGUUCGAGGAGCUGCUCUUCCUCGACGCUGACGCAUUCCCGCUGACGGCGCCGGAGACCCUGUUUCGCAAUGAGCCCUUCCGCGCGACGGGUCUGGUUACAUGGCCCGACUUCUGGGCGUCGUCGACGUCCCCGCACUACUUUACGAUCGCUGGGGUGCCUGCGCCGGCGAUGGGCGUGCGGCAGUCCGGCGAGUCCGGUGAGCUGUUGCUGUCGAAGGCGGUGCAUGCGCAGACGCUGCUACUGGCGACGUAUUACAACUACUGGGGGCCGACGCACUACUGGGCGCUGCUAUCGCAGGGGGCAGCGGGCGAGGGCGACAAGGAGACGUUUGUGGCGGCGGCGCUGGCGCUGGGCGCGCCGUUUUAUCAGGUCAGCGAGGCGAUCUGCGCGCUGGGACAUCGCAAGGCCGACGGCGGGUUCGGCGGCUCGGCGAUGGCCCAGUUUGAUCCGGGCCAGGACUGGGCGCUGGUGCGACAGGGGAAGAUGCGGGUCCGGGGGGACGAGGCGCCGGCGCCAGAUGUGUUCUUCGUGCAUGCGAAUUUCCCCAAGUUCAACCCGGCGACCGUGUUUGAUGCGCAUGAGGUGGCGCCGGCCUUUGGGGAGGACGGCGAGUAUGCGCGUGCGUGGACGAUUCCGGAGGAUGUGGUGGGCCGGUGGCAUGCGAACGGAGGAGACAUGGAAAAGGCGUUUUGGAAGGAAAUUUUGUGGACGGCAUGCGAGUUGGAGGAUAAGUUUGUCACUUGGCAGGGGCGCAGCGGGAUCUGUGCCCGAGUCACGGAGUACUGGCACAGUGUGUUUGAAUGGAAGCCGCUACCGUCAUGA